UACAAAUACAAUACAAAUAUGAUAUCCAUAUAAAUAUUUAUGAUAUUAUUAUUGAAUAGUUAUUUGCUUUAUAUUAAUAAUAAUUAAUAAUAAUAUUUAUUGUCCAUAUAUAACAAUUAUGAUCAAAUUGGUGACAUUGGUGGUGGCCGUCAUAUCGGUAAUGUUGGUCAAUGGUGUGUCCGCUCAAAAUGCUUGGGAUCAGAUCAAGAACGCAGUGGUCGGAACCGCUUGUCUCACAACAAUCACACCCAAACUCAGCAGUGAUUGUGUACAGGCUUUCAAUGAAGAAGUGGAUAACAGAAAGUCGACGGAUAAAGACAGUGAUAACAAAGUGUUUUGUUGCGCUUAUCUAUCACUUCAGUCGUGUGUAUUGAAAAUUGCGGAAAAGGAGUGCAAAGAAGAGGGCGAAUCUGUGGCCAAAGCUUUCCUUAAGACAAUCAAUCGGGGAAUCACUUCGGAUGACUGUAUAGACUAUGGAUAUAUUACAUGCAUUACAUUGACUCAGAUUAUAAUCGCUGCUAUCAUUAGUUUGCUUGUAAUCGGUGUCCUAUCGUGUGUUUGUUGUUGUCUUUGUCGAUGUCUGUGUGGAUCAAACAAACGCAGAGGUCGUGUCGUUUAAAUCAUAAAUUGUUUUAAACAAUUGAAUUAGUUUUAAUUACCGUAUAAAACAAAAUGCUCUCUAAUUUUGCUAUUUAACAAUAUAAUUGUUUUAUAUUCAAUAUAUUUUUUUAUUUUUAAAAAUAAUUGAAACUAAUUUAUAUUACACAAAGUUUUUGCCAAAAUUGAAGUGAUAAUUGCAAAG